CGUACGCGUCCAUGACGAGCUAAUGAGACCUAACCUGCCCGGAUUAAACUACUGGUGCUGGAAGUAUAAUGAGUCAAUUAUUGCACUUUUGGCGUAUAGAACGACCCUUGUGUGCAAAUUGGUCUGCAAAGUACGUCUCAGCAAAGGCGAAAAAGGAGAAAAUCUAAAGGGGCCUUAGUGUGAAAAGUAAUAUGCGAUCACGUGAGAGGUUAAUUUUAAUAUUGUACUUCCGAGACGCCAACAAAUGCAAGCGCAUAGGGCUUACCUUACUAAUCUUUUUUUCCUUCGUUAUAUAUAUAUUUUUAAUGCCUCCAAAGAAACACAGUAUAACCCAGGAGAAGGCCCAAAAGGUUGUUGAAGACAAAACUUUUGGGCUUAAAAAUAAAAAAGGUGCAAAGCAACAGAAGUUUAUAUCACAGUUAAGAGCUAGCACAAAAAGCAAUUAUAUGAAGAAGGAAGAUAAACAGAAGGCAACUAAGUCAGUUGAUGAGAAAAUAGGAAAAAAUACCUUUUUUAAACCUCUUAUCGUCCCCGCUAAAACUGAAAAGACUGUCGUUUGUAGUCUUUACAAAAGGGGCCUUUGUGCGAAAGGUGAUAACUGUAAAUUUUCUCAUGACUUGUCGUCGCUCAAAGAUUUCUCAGAGCCUAAACAAAGAAGUAUUCCAGCGGGUCUGUCAGAAAACUCUACUUCUAUUAUUUGCAAGUACUUCUUGACAGCUUGCGAAAAAGGUUUGUUCGGCCCUUUAUGGCAGUGUCCCCAAUGGAUAAAAGCAAAGACGAACGGAUACUUGGGAUCAGCAUUGAGGAGUUAGUAGAACUCGAGCGAGAAAAACUUAAAGGAGUUUUAACCCCCGUUAACGAGGACACAUUUGCGAUUUGGAAGUCCGCUUAUUUAGAAAAGAAAUGUCGUGAGAAACCCAACCCAAAAAGUAUUUACGCUAAUAAAAGGACAGGAAAAGAACUUUUCAUGACAGCUCCCUCUCUCUUUAAGGACGAGUAUAACUCAUCUGAGUACGGUGGUAACAAACACACAAACGGAUCCGACUACGCCCUUGACUUACAAACACUGGAGAGCGCAUUGGACGAGGAUGUUCAUAGAGAAACUGAAUGACGCACAAGCCUCCGGUG